GUUCCAUGCUCCGCCAGAUACACCUCUAAGCAGCAUUUUACUAAAGGUCUUAAUGCUAAAAGACCAUUGCUAAUUUUAUUAAUCUCUAACACAGGGAUAGAAUUUGUUUAAUUCUUUGUUUUCAGAUGACGUUUGGCCUUGCAGAAGGCCGCAGCGCCACCAGCAUGCCCCCGUCUCCGUCUCCGUCUCCCGGGGACAGAAACACUCUGGGUGCUGUGGAUAUCGUGGUGCUGGUGGUUUACUUUCUGCUGAUUCUGGCUGUUGGUUUCUGGUCCAUGUGGAGGACGAAGCGCAGCACGGUGGAUGGAUACUUCUUGGCUGGGAAGAGCAUGACCUGGUGGCCGGUGGGCGCUUCGCUUUUUGCCAGUAACAUUGGCAGCGGACAUUUCAUCGGCCUGGCGGGGUCAGGAGCUGCUGCAGGAAUCGGGGCUAUUGCCUAUGAGUGGAAUGGCAUGCUGUUCGUGCUGCUCCUGAGUUGGCUCUUCCUGCCCAUUUAUAUCUCCUCUGGGGUGAUGACCAUGCCAGAAUAUCUGCAGAAACGGUUCGGUGGUAGAAGAAUACAGAUGGUUAUAGCUGUGCUUUCCUUAGUUAUUUACAUCUUUACAAAGAUAUCGGUGGACAUGUACGCUGGUGCUUUGUUCAUUCAGCUCGCCCUACAGUGGAACCUCUACCUCGCUGUGGUGAUGCUGCUGUCAAUCACUGCUAUCUACACCGUAGCAGGUGGUCUGGCUGCAGUUAUCUACACAGAUGCUGCUCAAACUGCCAUCAUGCUGGCAGGAGCUCUCACCCUCAUGGGCUUCAGCUUCGCCGAGGUCGGAGGCUGGGACGCUCUGAUGAGCGGGUACAUGAACGCCAUCCCUUCCAUCCGUGUACCAAACUCAACAUGUGGUAUCCCUCGAGACGACUCCUUCCACAUAUUCAGAGACCCGGUGAGCUCUGAUCUGCCUUGGCCCGGGGUCAUCUUCGGCAUGAGCAUCCCCAGUAUGUGGUACUGGUGUUCGGAUCAGGUGAUUGUGCAGCGAUCCUUGUCUGCUAAGACCCUGACUCAUGCAAAAGGCGGCUCACUCUUGGCUGCUUAUCUUAAGAUUCUGCCUUUCUUUAUCAUCAUGCUGCCGGGCAUGAUCAGCAGGAUACUUUACACAGAUGAUGUGGCGUGUGUGGACCCUGAGGUGUGUCAACAAAUUUGUGGCAACCCAGUGGGUUGCUCAGAUACGGCCUACGCCCGCCUGGUGAUGGAGCUGCUCCCUACAGGGCUGCGAGGUCUGAUGAUGGCGGUCAUGAUUGCAGCCCUCAUGUCGUCUCUGACCUCCAUCUUCAACAGCGCCAGCACCAUUUUCACCAUGGAUCUAUGGAAGACUUUCAGAUCCAGAGCAUCCGAGUGGGAACUCAUGAUUGUGGGCAGGGUGUUUGUGCUCGUUCUGGUGGCGGUGUCUGUGCUGUGGAUCCCGAUCAUCCAGGCCAGUCAGAGUGGGCAGCUCUUCAUCUACAUCCAGGCCAUCAGCACCUACCUGCAGCCCCCCGUCUCCAUCAUCUUCAUCACAGGCUGCUUCUGGACCAGGACCAAUGAGAAGGGUGCAUUCUGGGGGCUGGUGGUCGGCCUGUUGGUCGGCUGCAUCCGCAUGAUAUUAGACUUCACUUACCCAGCGCCUCUUUGCUACGAGGAGGACGACCGGCCCGGGCUGCUGAAGUACGUCCACUACCUUUACUUCUCCACGCUGCUGUCCUUCCUCACCCUGGUUCUGGUGGUUGGAGUCAGUCUGGCUACAGAGGAGCCCAAAGCAGAGCAGGUAAGUCGCCUCACCUGGUUCACCAGGUUUGACCCGGUGGAACCCAAACAGCAGGUGUUCUCCGUGGAACGCAGCACCACCAGUUUGGAGACGAUCACCAGUCAGACCAAUGAGAUGGAGGUGACAGGAGGAGAACAGGAGACCAGCAACGGGAAAACAUGUCAUCACAGGAAAGACUCUUCCUCGUCCUCCUCGUCCUCGGUGAGCCGGUCCCGGCUGGUGUCUGCCCUCUACUGGCUGUGUGGGAUGGAGAGGAGGAGGAAGGAGGGAGACGAGGAUCCUUUGGCGCCUCCUGCUCCUCCUCAGGCCUCCUGCUCUCUGGAGGAGAAGCCUCGUCUACGACACGUCGUCAACGUCAACCUCAUGAUCUGCCUCUCUGUAGCCAUCUUCAUCAUCGGCUACUGGGCCUGACACACACACACACACACACACAGCUCUGACUCUCUAUGGACACCUGGUGUGUGUGUGGGGCGGGUUGUACAGAUGUUUGGUUUCUCCCACAGUGUGAGAAGAAAUUCCAAGAAAUUCUGACUGUCUAGUCUGUCCCACAAAGUCUAACUGCAGUAACUAGCAAAGGGAAAAACUGAGAAAAAACGGCUUUAAAGUUUUUUGACGUGUUUUAACUGGCCAGCCAUAUUAGUAAUAGGUAGAUAAGUGAUAUGACACUUAUUUCUACAUGUAUUGAUGAUGUCAUUUUUAUGCUAAAAAAUCAUGACGAUUUAUUUUACCUUUAACCCCAAAAAAUGUAGUUACUGCACUCUGGUUUUGCUGUUAACCCUUAAUAAGGCACUCAUUGAAAUACUUGCAAAUUCCAAAUUUCAACCCUAGAGAAUAUUGGAGGAUAUUACAUACAGUCAGA